UGUUUCGGCUGGCCCCAAUGUUUGAAUAGCAAGGUCUUCAAAAUUUUCUCCUCUAUUUCCCCUCUCCGCAGAUGAUAGGCAUUGGCGUCAAAAUUCCGCAAACUUAUUUUUAGGGUUCAGAAUCGUCACCUUGAAACCAGAUCCAAGCAGAACCGCUGAUAGAAGUGCCAAUUUCAAAGGAUAUGCCGGAUUCAGGAAGAAGAUCUGUGGGUCACAAAAGAAACCGAGAGGAAAUUUGUUCUGCAUCUGGAAACUUAUGUCAUGGAGAGACACCUGAUGGGUGUGCAAGUUUCAACCGUAAGCCUGUGAGUUUUGAUACUCCAUGCUUUAAAAACUUGGAUUCGGAGGAUUUACUUCAAUCAUUUGAGAAGAUUUGCACAGAUGUAACAGAAUGUAGAAACCUCUGGAACAAUAAAUUCAAGAGUCCUGAAAAGAUGAUGUUGCUUCCUCAUGAUAUUGUAAAGCGGUUAGACUCUAUGGAGAACAUGAUAAGCUCAGUAAUAUCAGAAUGUAAAAAAGACUACGCACAAUUCAUCAAUAAACCUUUAACUUUGGAUUUUCCAUGCGUUUUUAACUUGGGGGUAUCAAAAGAUUUGCGUCAAUCACUUGAGAAGACCAGCAGAGCAGUAGCAGAUGGUAAAGAGUGUGCAAACUUCGUCAGUAUGCCUGUAAGUUUGGAUUUUCCAUGCGUUUUUAGCUUGGGGGUAUCAGAAGAUUUGCGUCAAUCACUUGAGAAGACUAGCAGAGCAGUAGCAGAUGGUAAAGAGUGUGCAAACUUCAUCAGUAAGCCUGUAAGUUUGGAUUUUCCAUGCUUUGAAAACUUGGAGGUAUCAGAGGAUUUACGUCGGUCACUUGAGAAGAUUAGCUCAGCUGAAGUAGAAUGUACAAACCUCUGGAACAAUAAAAUCUCGAGUUCUGUAAAGAUGGCGCCACUUUUUGAGUUUCAGAAGCUGUUAGAAAGUCAUGGGCUGUUGUGGCACAAGAAUAUUUUGUUUGAGAACGGUGUCACUGCUAGCCAACUACAAAGCCGGAUCAAUCAGAGGCCAUAUGAUUUCUAGUCUGCUAACUUGAGAAGGUUAUAUAUCUAAAGAUAAUUUCUGAACUUAAUCUUAAAAGACUAAGGAACGCAUUUGCAAACCGUGGCUAUUAAAGUUCAUGAACAGAUUCG